GGCAGAAGGAGACGUGGCAUACCCCAUAAAGUAUAUGUCGGCGCGUGCAGUUCGUGCUGUGUGUGUGUGUGUCAGGCAUUUCGCAAGAAUGUUAUUUCAUCAUAAUGUGAAGAUUGCAUCAGCUUUUUUUGGAGAUACGAUUGGCUGAUGGCAUUUUGUAGUUUUGGAAAGUACCGUUUUAUCGCGGCGACAGCGUCACGACGCCACUUACGUCACUUAUUGCGAAAUUGCGUGAAAUGGAUGUAGAGGAGAUUGCAGGUUCCGUAACGCUUGCUAGGCUGGCUCAAGUUGAUAGCAGAUUGCAGCGCAUGACCUUCGCCUCAAAUGUGCGCACAAGAUAUGACUUGCAAACCGAGUUAAAAGCAUUCACAUUUAACAAAAAGAAGAUGACUUCGCGGGAAGAAAUGUCUUUGCUUGACAUCAAGAGCGCAGCGAGGAGGAUCAUGUUCGUGCAUGUUCACAGGCUUGCGGUUUUUUUUUCGAACAACGAAACCGAGAGUGAACAAGAGAAAAGUGGCAUCAAUCGUAAAAAAAAUUACAAAUGACAAAAUGCGUGGAGUAGUGCCGCCGUAUGUAAUGGGAAGAUGUUUGAAUGCGGAGAAUGAGAUUCCAUCAAUCUUCAUUGAUGAGAGAAAAGCUAAGUACAAAAUUUGUUGGUAGUAAAUUUUUUAUGUUGAAAGCAAGUGGUAAUACUGGAAUAUAUAAUAUGCAAAAAUAUUUAAAAUCUUUCGUUAAAGCCCAUAAAAAAAACAAACAUUUAUUUGUCGAGUUUGUUUGUUUGUCGAGUUUCAUUUUGGUGUCAUUGGUGUCCUUUUACCAAAUACAAUUACUGUG